AUGAUCGACUACUCCGAUCUCAACGGUACUGACGAGCCGAUGUCGAUUUUGUACGCCGCAGCGCCCGGGGCGUCUUCUAUGGCGGAACUGGCGCUGCCGAACUACGACACAGAGCAACUCGCAGAAUUCAUGGACAUGAUGGUCGAAUCGACGCGCCUGUGCUUCGACGUCUAUUCUGCACAUCGAGGUGGUGUCGACGUCGUAUCAGGGGGUGGUACCGACACAUACGAUGCUUUCUUAUCCGAGUCUGACGAGCCGUGUCUGGGUCUACUCUCUCAGCUUGAGCGAGGCGACGCGCUGUGCUGGACGCCGCGUCUGGCGGAAGAAGCGCUGCUUGAUUGCGAUUUUCAGGUCAUGUUUACGAGUGGAACGACGGGUGCACCAAAAGUCGUCACGCACACUCAAAGGCAAGUGAUGUUACACGCGAAAUCAGUCGCUCAGUGCUGUGCGUUUGCAAGCCACGACGUGUGGCUCCACGUGGCUCCGCUCUUUCACGCGAUGGACGCCUUUGCGAUGUACGCUUGCGUACUCGUCGGCGCCAAGCAAGUAUGUACAGCCAGCGAAAUCUUCGAUGUUAAAACGACGCUGCAAACGAUGAAAGAUGCAGGUGUUACGUUGACCGCGCUCACUUCAACGCAUUUGCGAAUGCUCGUUUCCGAUCCAGCCUUUGCUGUCUCCGCAAAGCACUUGCGGAUGUUAUCUGUCGGCGGUUCGGCGGUUCCAGUAGACUUGGUGGCGUCAUUAAAGUAUCAGUGUCCCCAGUGCACGUACUUUACCGACUACGGAGCCACUGAGGCUUGUGGUAAGAUUUGUACGACGCUCGGCGCGCCCUCGUCGUCCAUUGAAUCGCUCGCGCGGGCUGGCCACGCUAUGCCCCUUUUCGACGUCUGCGUGGUCAAAGACUCGACAAGUAUGGAAUCGGUCGAAUGGAACGACGUGACGAGAGGAGAAGUGCUUGUUCGAGGACCUACAGUGAUAGGAACUUUUGAUGGAAAAUGGCACACCGUCGGCGACGUCGCCACGGUUGACGCGAGCGGCUCGGUCAAAAUCGUAGAUCGCUUGUCUGAUAUCAUCAUCGUCGGGGGAGAAAACGUGUACUCGAGUGAAGUUGAAGCUGUGCUACUUGAACGUCCUGAAAUCGAGGAAUGUGCUGUGUUCGGUAUGCCUGAUAAAGUUUUGGGAGAAGUCGUGUGCGCUGCGAUAGUGCUCAAUUCGCGGCAGGCUUCACUGAAUUCUAGUGAAGUCACAAAGCACUGCUCGUCGCGAUUGGCCGAUUUUAAGCGUCCACAGCGAUUGACGAUUGUUGAGUCUUUACCGAAAUCGCCCACUGGGAAAGUGCUGAAGCUGAAAUUGCAGGCACAGCUUGCGACUCGCAGCCAUGAGGACGGGACCCGUCCUCAUGCGGAACUCAGCGAUGUUGUUCGCCAAGAGUUUAUUCAUGCGAUGGAUUGGAACGAUGACCGUGAGAUUGAUACGAAACAGACAUUUUCGUCACUUGGCGUGCGAUCAACGCAAGCCGUGUCUUUUGCGAAUUUAUUGUCUGAUAGACUUGGACUUGAUUUACCGUCGACGCUGAUGUUUGAUCAUCCCAAUCUCAAUAGUGUCAUCAACUUUGUCGCCGGACGUACGAUGAUUCGGAGGAGCGCCUCGAGCAUCACUCAGAAGCACGCGCCGCUAUCGUUUUCAAGCGUCUUCGUCACCGAAAUCAGCGAUGAAUUUCCACACGGGGAGAUCGACGCUCAGACUGUCAUACCGCUUCGCCGCUUUGACGUCGAGCACCACUUUUCUUGCGGCGAUGAUUUCGCAACAGCGCCUCUUGGUAGCAUCGACGUUCGAUUUGCGGCGCUGCUUGCAAACUUUGACGAAGAAGACUUGCUUGCUUGUGAAUUGUCGCCCGUCGAAGCCUCGUACGUGGAUCCGCAGCAUCGCAUUUUGCUCCGUCAAACGCUGCCUGUGCUUCAUUUUUCAAAUCAGAGUGCCGACGUCGUCACUGGCGUAUUCGUCGGUUGUAUGUGGGCUGACGAUUACUCGAACGUUUUGUCGUCGUUUCAGUGUGUUUUCGUCUCGCCCAACGCCACUCUUGGAAUUGGAUCCGGAUUGGCUUUCCUCAGUGGUCGCAUUUCGUUCUCCGCGAAUUUGUCUGGGCCGGCGAUCGGUUGUGACACGGCGUGCUCAUCUUCUCUUGUUGCGUGCUCUCUUGGUCUGAGCUCGAUGAUGAAAUUUGAAUGCGACUCAUCGCUGUGCGCGGGCACGAAUCUUCUGCUUUUCGUAAACACGCAUUCAAAAAUAUGCCGAUUAAACGCACUUGCCAUGGAUGGUCGCUGCAAGACACUGGACUACGCUGCGGAUGGUUACGGACGAAGUGAGGGCGUCGGUAGUUGUCUACUAUCGGUUGAAAAUGGAAAUCCGUGCCAUGGGACGUUGGUUUACGUCGGAGUGAACCAAGACGCUCGUAGUGCUGCGCUCGUCGCGCCCCGCGGCGCCGCUCAAUCAGCAGUCAUAGCAGAGACGUGCUCGAGGUGCGUUGGGCAACUUACCGUUUACGAACUGCACGGUACUGGUACACAACUCGGAGAUCCAAUCGAAAUCAGUGCUCUUCGCGAGGCGCUCGAGUGUACGGAGAUAGAUCUCGUGGCCAUUUCCAUCACGAGCGUGAAAGCUUCGUUUGGACAUAGCGAAGGCUCGGCUGGGAUCGCUGGGCUUCUCUCCGCCAUCAUCUCCGACAAAAAUCGUCAACGAAUGCCGAUUCAUCAUCUGAUACAUCUUAAUCCUCACGUAGCAGAGAUAUCGAAUGGGUUGUCGACGCCAUUUUCCUUUGGUCGAGUUUUGAGCGCCGGCGUGCGGAUAAAUCAGAGGAACGGUCGCGGUGAGCACUCUGGCGUGAGCGCGUUCGGGAUGUCAGGCACGAACGCGAGCGCACUACUUCGGUCAGCUGUACGUAGUGAACAGAUAAAGCGCACGAAUCGAAGAAUUCUUCUCGAUCUCGCGACUUGGUGCUCCAUUGAUCCGCCCACAUUCCCGGCGCUGUUCAGCUUUUGCGUCGCUAGCGACAAUGUACUCUUCCAAAUCCGUAUCGAUGCUCGCAUUUACUCAGGAGCAUUCGAUAUGAGCAUUCAACACAUGAAGUUCUUCCCUAGUGGACAUUGCGUUGAAACCGCGCGUCAGUGCGCGUCAACGCUAGGGCAAAGAUCAGCCGUUGUCAACAGCUUCACGAUUCAUUCGCCGUUGCGCUUGGCUGAAAAUCGCGGCACAGACGUCGUCGUAACCGUUGACAAAAGGUCUGGCUUCGUAACGACGGGAUCAGCGGACGCAUUGGUGAAGUAUGCAACGUGUCGGUUUACAAUACCCGUGCAUUCAAUUCCUCCCAAAGGCGCGCGAUGGAACGCUGUCAGAGCAACACCGCCAACCACGAUCACCGCUUCGAUUCAGCGCACGCAAAAGGUGCGCACCGAUUGCAUCGACCCGAUCUAUCUGGAAUCUUUGUUUCAGAUAAAUUCAGCUUUGCGGCUCGGUGCGACACUGCUAGGAUCUCUCAACGCGUAUUGCACGCUGACGCGAUUUCCUCCGCACGGGCAUCUCAGCGUUACCAUGGCUGGUGAAUGCGGUAACCUUGCGAGUGCGACGCGUAUGACGGGACUCACGCUACAUAGAGUGCGAGCAAAUGCAUUUACAAGCGCGCGACGAAUAUCUGACAUGCUCUAUCACGUAUCUUGGUGCGCGGCUGGUGUCGCGACAGCGAGCGGUCGAACUCAUCAAUCUUUGCGAUUAAUCAACCUCACGGCAAAAGCUUGCGAUGCCGUCUGCGCCGGGUUGUCGGCGAUUCAGUCUUUCGAUGACGCGUCUAUCUCAGCUGUUUCGGCAGAAGUUAUGCCACUCGCGUGUCGCGGCGACGCGUUGCUGGCGCUUGUGCGCACCGCCGCACAAGAGCUUCCUACGAUUCGAUUCGCUGGCAUUCGUUGUGCCGAGAACGCUUCUUCCUAUGACGCACGCGCAAAGUCGUACGCCCCAGGUGCAGCAUGUGAUAUUAAAAUCGACGCCCAAGUGGUGUACGAGCAACGCCUUUCUCGCGUCAACAUGGAAUCGUCAACAAGUGAGAACCAAACGUCGUACGCCGUACUCAUCACCGGAGGUCUCGGUGGCGUUGGUUUUCACAUGGCUAAAUGGCUACUUUCUCACGAGAGUUCUUCAUUCACCAACUUACUGAGCCGGAUCGGCCGUCAAAAUGUGUCAUUCGGCGAUAUCGAUGGCAAGAGCGCGCUCAUUAUUCGUAGAUGUGAUCUCUCUGAUCACGAAGACGUUGUCGAAGUUCUCAAGUCGACGAAGAUGCGGGCUCCUUUACGAAAGAUUUUACACGCGAGUGGGAUAAUUCUCGAUAACACACUCGCGAAACAAAAUCACGACGGCGUAAAACAAGUUUUUGCUGCAAAAGUAAGCGCGUUUGAAAACAUCGAAAUGUGUGUCGGGUGUCUGGAGGCGGUUCACACGAGCGUCGUUUGUAGUUCGAUCGCUUCAACUUUUGGCUCACCUGGUCAAAGUAAUUAUUCUGCCGCAAACGCCGUCCUCGACUUUUACGCGAUUUCCAGUCAGUAUCACGGGCGACCACUUUCUAGCGUACAAUGGGGUGCUUGGUGCUCCGUGGGCAUGGCUUCGCGAGGAGGUUCAUACAUCGCUCGGGCUGAGCGCGUCGGUUUCGGCACAAUCACGCCAGACGAGGGUGUUGACGUCCUACGUCGAAUUUUCACUGGAUGGACGACUUCGAUCGUCGCAAGCCCAUUUGACUGGAACAAAAUGGUAAAGAACGCUCCGAUGUUCACGAUGCUCGAAUCUUUUUUGGGAACAAGUGGGCACAAAAUCGCCCAGCCAAAAGUCAUCGAAGACAAAGAGCGCAUCCGCUUCCGAGUCCGAAGUAUUGUCGAGAGCAUUUUGGGCGGCAGCCCAGAUGCAGACGCUCCACUUGCAUCAUCCGGUUUAGAUUCACUCUCUGCGAACGAGCUGAAGAUGGAAAUUGACGCGGAAUUUGGCGUACAAACUCCGGCAACUUUGGUGUACGAUUAUCCAUCAAUCAAUACGCUCAGCGCGUGCGUUGUUUCAGUGCUUCAGCCAUCGAUAAAGCUCGUGGAAGAAUAUCACUCGCCACAAAUGAAUAUGACUGCGCAGACCGACAUAUGUGGUGUGAUUUUGGGCGGUGAUAUUCGCACCGCUGCAACCAUGCGCUUCCCUGUAGAUGCGAUUUCAAUCGCGCCAUAUGGGCGUUGGGACAACAACUUUUGGAUGGAUGCCAGAAACAUGACGUUUCCUUUUUCUAGCGCAUUCAUGGUGCACUUCACAGAGUUUGACAAUGAUCUAUUUGGCAUUCCAGGCGUCGAAACACUUCUCUUGGAUCCUCAGCAAAGAACGUUACUAGAAGGUGCCUUCGCGGUCGUCGACAUCUCAUCCCAGCAAGACGAUACAACCGUAUGGGUUGGCAUCACCGUGUCGCAGUAUAAGACCGACGUAAUCAAUGUGUACUGGGCACCUGCAUUUCAUUCAUCCAUGGGCACCGGAAGCUUACCAAGUGUGGCUGCGGGAAGAUUGAGCUACGUGUUUUCGAUGUCUGGAGCAUCGAUGAGCGUCGAUACCGCGUGUAGCUCAUCGCUGGUCGCGUGUUCUCUUGCGUUUGACUCGCUGCGUAAGCAGUGUUUGGGAUCAUCUGCUUUGGUGUGCGGUACGGUGGCUAUGAUGUCUGUUUCGGGCACAAUUGAUCGCCAUUACGCAAACAUGCUCUCCGUGGAGUGUCGUUGCAAGACUUUGGAUGCAAGCGCGGACGGUUUCAUUGAAGGUGAGGCGACUGGAAUUAUGAGUAUGACGAGUGCCCUGAGAGCUUCUGGUGAAGGCGUUUCAAUCAGUGGCACUGCGGUAAAUCAAGAUGGGCAUAGCGCGUCUUUGACCGCUCCAAACGGUCCAGCGCAGACGCGCGUCAUACGAGAAGCGCUUUGUUCGGCAAACAUGCAAGGCGAAGAAAUGGAAAGUAUUUCACUGCACGGCACGGGAACGCCUCUCGGUGAUCCAAUCGAGCUUGGUGCCGCACUCGGCGCUCUUCAAGAUUGCAAAAAACUGAUGUUAGACGCGGUCAAGUCGCACGUUGGUCACUGCGAAACCGCGGCUGGCAUCGUUGCUUUGUUGCGGGCACACGCGACGGUUUCCGAUUCCAUCGCUCACCCGGUACUGCAUCUGCGUUCGCUCAAUCAGCACUGUUCGUCGAUAAUUCAGACAUCUGAUACGAACGCGCCAAUCGUUAUACCGCGUCAAAAGGUGGAUGCGAAUUUCAAGACGAUGGGGAUUUCAGCCUUUGCGUUCCAGGGUACGAAUGCGCACGCAAUUCAGCGUUUGAACAGCGGCACAGUGCGAGCGGCGGUAUCGAGGUUUGCGUUUCAUCGACGUGAAUUUUGGCCCUUGCCCACUCUACAUCCACAUAUCUUAUCGUGUACCGCUUCGACGAGUGAUUUCGCGCGGUUUUGUGGUCGAGUAGAGCCUCGCGGACACGCGCAUUUGCUCGAUCACGUUGUGGCUGAACGCCCGCUGUAUCCGGGUGCUGGUUUUCAAGAACUUUGCGCGGCUUCUGCGCGUCUGAUGUUCGCAAUCAACGUCGUAGCCGUAGAAUCAGUUGUUCCAGCACCGCUCGUCAUGCGCACGCGGGAGUUGACGUUAUUCACGGUGUCGACUGAGCUUCGCAAGGGAGAAAUACGUAUUCAGACAAAGUCUGGCGCUGUGACGCACACAAAGUGUUUCGCUAGACGAGCGUGCGCUCAACCCCCGCAACAGGCAUCGCUUAAGCUUCUUAUGAAAAGUGUCAUGCCAAGAUCGUGUGCUUCCGUUCACGUACCAGACUGGCAUUUGGGUUACGUGGUCCAUCCUGCCUCGUUAGACGCAAGUUUGCAGUUGGCCGCCGUCGUAGAUCUGACAAACACGGAAGUCAAGGUCCCGGUGGGCGCCAAGGCGUAUGUUUCGGUGAAAUCUUCAUCGAAUGCGCCAACACACUUCGCGUCGUUGCUCAAGUCGAAUCAUUCACUCGAAAGAUCUCGCAUCGUUGGCCUACAAGUGAAGACGAUGAGGCGAACUGCUUCGCGGGCGGCGGCGCACAUGCCGGCUUCAAAAGACACCUACACGCUGCGAUGGUUUGUCGUGCGAUCUACAGGAAGAUCAAGCAAAUGCGUUCACUUGACACUACGUAAAUGGAUUGUCACAAAGUCCGUCACGUGUGCGACGAUCGGGUUAGCGCAAAACUUGGCAUCUUCGAGAGCGGCCGCGCUGAACGCGGACCGCGCUCGAGCGAUGGAAGCCGUUCGAGCGAUCGUUCGCACGGUGGCUCAAGAAGUUCAGGGAGUGCAAUUCGAAAGCACGCGGCAUCGUGCGGAAGAUUCACACUAUGUCGAACGUUCAUCGACCGCAGCGUUCGUUCAGGGUGCGCCGCACGAAGUCUCCGUAGAUGCGCUCGCUCUCAGCGAACCCAGGCUUCGUCGUGCGGUGGUUGUAGAUAAAUGGUCGAGGAAACAUCAUUUGAAUCAACGGAUUUUCGCGCGUGGGGAUACAAGCGAGAAGUACAUCUUCAUUACAGGCGGACUUGGGGCCAUUGGAAUGGAAGUAGCUCGAGAAUUUGAGCGUCGUAGUUGGCGCGUUGUCCUAUUGUCACGAAACGGCCGCGCUCAAGCCUUCGGAGAAAGGCGAGGAUCGCUAGUGAACGCCAUCAAGUGCGAUACAUCUUGUUCGGACAGCCCAUCGAUUAGAUCAUGCAGCUUAUUUUGUGUCGAUAACACGGAGCGCUACGUGCUGCACGCUGCUGGCGUCUUAUGCGACGCCCUUCUGAAUCAAACGACCGCUCGGUCCGUCUUCGCGACGAUGGGCGCCAAAUUGCUGUCUUCCAAUCUUGCUUAUGCCAAAGUCACGCGUGCGGUUGUGCUUUGCUCGUCCAUCGCGGCGUUGACGGGCAAUCCUGGCCAAACGAAUUAUGCAGCCGCUAAUGCUUUACUCGACGCGGACGCCAGAGAGCAACGUUCUUUUGGAGAUUCGUAUUUCUCUGUGCAAUGGGGCGGAUGGGCAAACGUCGGCAUGGCAGCAAGCAAUCCGGCGGUUGUUCAGCGGUUGGUACGCAUCGGUGCGGGUGCCGUAGAUCCCAAGUUUGGGGUUGACAUCAUCGUUAAAGUCUUUCAUGGGUUGAUUCCGCACGAGUCCAUAGCCGUGAGUCCGUUCAACUGGCGACAAAUUUCAAAGUCUCUCCCGGCUUUCGGAAUAUUCAAGGAUGUCGUCGAAUGCGCUCAUUCAACUACGACGACGGAAGUUAAGCCCCCUCGUGUCGGAACGAGCGCACUCGCGAUGCAAACAAUGAGCAAACGAGAUGUCGAGAUAAAAAUUUCUUCCUUAGUGCGCGCGCUAGUCGGUCGUGAGGUGGCGGUAAACGCCCCAUUGAUGGAAGCCGGGCUGGAUUCGCAAGCAGCCGGAGAACUCAAGAAUGAACUUGACGUCGCGUUCGGCGUCGAAGUCCCGGCUGUGGCCGUUUACGACUAUCCUACAAUAGCGGCACUGAGCUCAUACAUCGCGAGCGGCACGCAAAUCGUGGAAAACUUUGAAAGUAGUCCCACAGUAGCAGAGCACUUUUUGAAUGACGUCGUCGCUCACAUCUCUGGCGCUGAAUUAUUAGUACCGACGCACUCGGGCGACGGCAUUACACGCGUGCCGAUGCAUCGUUGGGACAACUCAUGGUGGUGGGACAGAGAACAGAUUUUCAUACCUUCUUUCAGUGGUUUCUUGAUCGGUUACGAGCUUUUUGAUACGACGCUUUUCGGCAUCGCGAGCACCGAGGCUUUGUUGAUGGACGUGCAGCAGCGCUCCAUUCUCGAAGGCGUCGCCAGCACGAGACUUGCGAGCCAUGAAAUCAAAGAUGAUGCGUUAGAAGGUGACUCGUGCGGAGUAUAUGUCGCGAUAUCAUCCAUGCAGUACCAGGUCGAAGUGUUGGACAAGUUUUGGAGCAACCAGUUCUCUCCGUACAUUGCAACAGGAAAUACGCUUUCCGUCGCUGCUGGUCGUGUGUCUUUCAUAUAUGGCUUGCGAGGUCCCUCCUUCUCUAUAGACACCGCGUGUUCAACGAGUAUUGUAGCGACGCACUUGUGCGUCGAAGGACUUCGAUCGUUCGACUGCACGUCAGGGAUUGUGGCCGGCGUCAUAAGCAUCCUGGGACCAGGCGUGACUACAAUUUUCUUCUCAUCGGGUAUGCUCUCACAAUCGGGGCGGUGUAAGACCUUGGACGCCAGCGCAGACGGUUACGUGCGAGGCGAAGCUCGCGGUGUGUUCUUGGUUCACGGUAUGGAGUCGCACGCAAUAUCAUCUGGUGUCGCGAUUGUCGGCUCAAGCAUCAAUCAAGACGGGCGGUCGAGCGGGCUUACGGCACCGAAUGGGCCAUCUCAACAGGCAGUCAUGAAGCAAGCACUCCGAGCGUCGCGAGCAAAUGGCGCCGAGAUCGACAAGUUACAAAUGCACGGCACAGGUACGCCACUAGGGGACCCCAUUGAGGUUGGAGCCACCGCAGCGGUGCUGCAGAGACAAAGUGGCGAACCCCUUACGCUCGAGGCUAUCAAAUCGCACGUGGGACACACGGAAACGGCGAGCGGAAUGGUCGCAUUAAUGCAGCCCUUGCUUUCACUCGUCGACUCUGACGUUGAGAAAAUUCUGCACUUACGAUGGGUAAAUCCGCACAUAGCAUCUAUCGUCGGCAAAGGUGCGUUCGUCUCUUCGCCGCGACAGAACUUUCCGAGAAACGCAAAGCUCGCGGGUGUGAGCUCGUUUGCCUUUCAAGGUACUAACGCGAACUCGAUUCAACGCGUCACGAUGGGAGACAAACUUCGACAUCCAAUCGUCUCACCGGCGUUCGUCAGAGAAACGUUUUAUCCACUUCCAAAGUUACAUCCGCAGAUUCAUGCGUUUUCAAAGACUUUCAAACGUGGCGACACGUUGAGGUUUUGCGCAAAAGUGAACGUGCGCACCCAUGCACACUUACUCCACCACCGUGUGUUCGACAGAGCACUUUAUCCAGGCGCUGGAUUUCAAGAACUCGCGGGCGGCGCGGCGCGCACCUUCGACGCAAAGAGCGCUACAAUACUGAAUUCAGCCGUACCGGCGCCGUUGCAAAUGUCUCUUCUGAAGGACACCGUGUUCGACGUUCGCAUUCUCGCGCCAAGCGGUCGCCUGGAUGUCCACAGUGCGAACAUCAUUUUCAUGAAGUGCUACGUGCGUUUGCACGACAACUGCAGAUGUGAAAGCGUUACUACUUCGUCUAAGUCGUUCACAAAGCGUGCCAAGACGACAAAGAUAUCGCUCGCCAAGAUCCAUUCGCUCACAACGGAGCGCCACGUCGAAUACUUCGUGCACCCGACGUGCUUGGAUAGUACGCUACAACUCGGUGCAGUGAUGAACGCGGGGUCCUCCGAGACAAAAGUUCCCGUGGGUGUGCACGCGUACGCUGCGCAGCAAAUUUCUGUCAAACGGCGCAGUUUACACGCAAGCGCGAGCAAUUCGAGUGGAAAUUAUGUACUCGAGCGCGCAAAUGUCGUCGGACUCGAGCUCAAGCCCAUGCGCCGUGGAAAAGCACUCGUGACAAAACAAACGCGCAUGCUAUACGCGCUUCGUUGGUUUGCUCUACAACCGUGCGUUCCUGGUCAAAAGCGCACGGUGAGCGAUUUAGAAUCGUGUGCCACGUGUGGCGUCUUGACAGCCGCGUGCGCCGUCCAGUGUAAUACGGCGACGGGUAUCGAAAUUGAAACCAUUCGCACAACAAGCAACGAUGCCCUGCACGGCUUUGCUCGGACGGUUGGACAAGAAAUAAAGCAGCUUCGUACGGAGAGUGUUAGGUUCGACGGCGCGCGCACGCGGUACGUUGCGUCCGCAGAUGCUUCGUUAAAGUUUGUCGGCGAAUCGUAUGAUGUCCUCGUGCAGGCGAAUAUGACGUACGGCUCACGUGUACGCAAGGCGCAAAAUGUGAUCAAACCGCCUUCCCGAAAGUCUCUCACUCUCGAAGUGCGUAUCCCCCGUCAAGCUCCAAAGACGCUGCGCGUGAUGAUCACUGGUGGCUUGGGCGCCAUCGGUGUCGAGUACGCGACACAUGUGAACUCAUCCACGAUUGACGCUCGCGUGCGUCUUUUGGGUCGUUCUGGGCGCGGAGCGGAAUUCGAUGGACGUACAUUCUCUUCGGUGCACGCGUGCAAAUGUGACGCGGGAUUUAGCGAAGAUGUCAAACCUGUGGUAUAUCACCAAUGCGAUGAGAUUCUUCACGCGGCGGGCGUGUUACGUGACGGGUUAAUUCGUUUUCAAAGUGCACUGUCAGUAAGAGUUGUCAUCGGUGCGAAAGUUAACUCUUGGCAAACACUCGAAUCACAUCUCGUGGGUGCGAUGGUACGACGCAUAGUGCACUGUUCUUCGAUCGCAGCUCUCACAGGCUCGAGUGGGCAGUCGAACUAUUCCGCCGCGAACGCGUGUUUGGAUUCAAUCGCCGACUUUGCGAGAUUUCGAGGCGACUCUAUCAGCUCAAUGCAAUUUGGAGCGUGGUCGAACGCCGGUAUGGCAGAGGCGCGGGUUUUAGAAAAGGUUAACUCGAUGGGUUUCGGUGUCGUCACCCCUGAACUUGGCAUGCGCGCUCUGGAGAGAGUCAUGUCGAGACAAGGCAUCGGUAACGUCAUCGCGACACCGUACGAUUUCAAAAAGUUUGCAGAAGCUUUACCUGUCAUACCGAGGAUGUAUCGAGACGUCGCCGUGAAGCAAAAACAGAAAACAUCGAAGAAACAGCGCAAACACGUGGGCGGAGGCGCUGCGCGCUUGAGCGUCGCCGUCGUUCGUAGAAAAAUUCAGCAGAUUGCGACGCAAGUCAUCGGAAGAGAAAUAGGCUUGGACGAACCUCUCAUGGACGCUGGGCUGGAUAGUCUCGGAGGGCAGGAAAUGAAGGCGCAGAUUGAAGAUGAAUUUGCCGUCGAACUUCCCGCGACGGCCGCGUUUGAUUACCCCACGGUUUCAGUGUUGGGGGAUUUCGUCGCAGGGGAACUGGGCGCCGGCGAUGUUGAUGAAGAUGAAGACACAGCGGAAGGCUCUGGAAUCUCAAUCGCAGACGUUCAAUCGCGCGUACUACAAAUUGCCUGUCAAGUGAUCGGUCGAGAUGUUGACCCGAACGAGCCGUUGAUGGAUUCGGGACUCGACAGUCUCGGCGGUCAAGAGAUGAAGCAACAAAUCGAAGAUGAAUUUGACAUCGAGCUCCCACCCACCGUGGUAUUCGAUUACCCGACCAUUAAAGACUUGGCGACGUUCGUCGCUGACGAAAUUGGAGCCACGGCUGCGACAAAGAAGUCACCAACCAUCGUCGUCGCGUCGUCGUUGAAACACGUUGCAGUGCGGAACUUUGAUCUUACCGCGCCUCACCCUCCCGAUGCCGACGCGAUUCGUCGCGUUCCAUACCACAGAUGGGAUCACGACUUUUAUCAAGAAGCCGUGCAAGAGUACCACUCCUCUCGCGUGAGCGGCUACAACUUGCACGUCGCUCCGUUUGGUGGAUUCAUGACCAAUUAUAUCUCGUUCGACAACCGGGCAUUUGCGAUUUCGGCGUUAGAAGCGCUCUACAUGGACGUUCAGCAAAGAUCUCUUCUAGAAGGCACGUUCCAAGCGACGACUGCUGGAACUUUCGCCGUCACUAGCGAAGACACGCUCGAAGGCUCGCUAUCGUCUGGCGUCUGGGUCGGGAUCGCCGCGUGCGAUUACGCAGAUGAGGUAUUGCGAAGGUAUGAACACGCGCUUCAUCCGUAUUUGGUGAGCGGUACUUCUCUCAACGUCGCCGCUGGACGCAUUUCGUACGUGUUCAACUUUAAAGGGCCCUCUGUGAGCGUAGAUACUGCGUGUAGCUCCUCCAUUGUCACGACGCACUCGGCGUUUAUCAGUAUGAGAUCUUCAGAAAUCGGUCGAGCAGUGUCUUGCGGAGUGCAAGCGAUUCUCAGUGAGCACAUCACUGGUGUUUUCCACUCUUCAGGAAUGCUCGCGCCUGAUGGCAGAUGUAAAACGCUUGAUGCGAGUGCCGACGGUUACGUCAGAGGCGAGGCUCGAGGCGUGCUCGCCCUCGAAGCCGUUGACGCGAGUGAAGCGGUGAAUGUCACGAAUGUUUUACUAGCCGGAGCGGCAGUAAAUCAAGACGGGCGGAGUUCUUCGUUGACUGCUCCAAAUGGACCGACUCAGAAGACUGUCAUUCGCGCCGCCAUUAGUACAGCUUCCGCGAUGACGCGAGACGUGGACGUUCUGCAACUACACGGAACUGGCACCGCGCUGGGCGAUCCAAUUGAGAUUGGAGCAGCGCUGAGCGCUCUCGAAAGAUUACCUGCAGAUCGCGCUUUUACGUUGGAAGCAGUAAAAACGCACGUCGGACACACUGAAACAGCGGCAGGGGCGGUAUCGUUGGUGCAAGAGACGAAAAAGUUGGCCGGCUGUGCUACGUCGCUCGUCGCGCACUUGCGCUUGGUAAGCCCACAUUUGCUGGGUUUGUUUGCCAGUGCCCAAACGAAUGGCACACACAUCGCCCGACAGUUUUCAGCUCGUUUGGCAUCACUCGUUAGCGUUUCGGGCUUCGCCUUUCAAGGCACGAACGCAAACGCUGUCCUACGAUUGAACUCUUCAAAAUUGCCCGCGCCGCGUCAUUGUCCCAAAGCCAUCUUUCAUCGAUCGCGCUUCUGGCCACUUCCAGAGCUCCACGUCCACUUGAAGACGUUUGAUGGCAGCAACGAUGCCGUUACUUUUCGGUUUACCGCGUGUGUUGACGCGAGAUUACAUUCGCAUUUGCUCGGUUGCAAAACUUCCGCGCGAGAAGCCAUCUUUCCGAGUGCCGGUUUCCUUGAACUCGCGUGCGCGGCUUCACGAAUAUUCGAUCGCGAACCCAUGGCGUGCGACGCGGCCGUCUUCGCACCUCUAGCCUUACGUACGAAUGGCGUGUACUUCUUCACAGUGGCCGUGAACGCGAAAUCGGGGGAAGUCGAGGCGAAGGAGUCUUUGGACCAAGGCGAGGCGUGUAUGCAAUGCCGAGUUCGUCGCACAGAUUUGGCGUCGAGGCGAACAGCCCCCGGUCCCGUUUCAUCAUUGCUCGUCGGGCGUUCGGAUUCAUCGAAUAGAACUGUUCGAGCACGCGUCAAGGCGAGGAGCGAGCAAUCGCACUUCGAAUAUCGCAUAGAUCCUUGUGCGCUCGAGAGCUCGUUCGCCGCGAGAUCGGCGAUGCGCGAUCCGGGCGUGCUCCGGGCGUGCGCUAGGCACUACACCACGCCUCGGACGGCAGCGAUGUCUAUGAUCGCGACCAUAUGUGAUCAUGCACACACAAUGAACGAAGUUUACACGAUCGGUGUCGUAUUCAAGAGGCCGUUUGAUCGAGUUUACCGACUCAUCAGACAAACGUUCGCGGCGACACCCGAAGCGACGACUUCACUUCGCCGUGAAGUUGUGGCGCCGUUACCGCCGCUCGAAUCGCUCGAAUCAAUCCAGCGUAAAAUCUAUGCGCAUUGUUCGCGAAUUACAGGCGCCUCGUCGAUCGCGGGCGGCGACGCGCUCGUCGAUCUUGGCAUGGAUUCCUUGGCGGCGGCGGAGUUGCGUGCGGCAAUUCAAAACGAGUUCGGAAUGUUGCUCCCCAUUCACGCCGCGUUCGAGUGUCCCACCGCCGAUGCACUCGCGAGUUACAUCGUUCGCGAACAUACAAAAAAGCGAAAAGCGGAGACCGCGGGCGCAACGCGACCGGCGUCGACUGUUGAAGGCGAGACGGUUCGUUGGCUUGUCGUUAUCGCGGUUAUCGUCGUCGUGAUGGUUUUACACAUCGUAAAGUUGACGAGAGCAGUCUCGCUCGAAGAUGCUUGA